AUGUGCUCAAACGAGCAGCUCGAUGGGAACUUCGAUGCACGACUGUCCCUCAUAGCUGUGCUCACCAAUCUCAUCCCCCAAUGGGAGGCCGAGAUCAAGUGGUAUCUGCUGAAGCAUGACUUCGACGUUGUGCUGUACCUAAACAAGCUCAAGUCGCGGGAGAACUGGUGGCAGGAAGUGUACACGAAGUCGCUGCACGAUCCCAGCCACAGAAUUCUGCUGGCGUCGGUUAUGGUGCUGCAGGACGAUGCCAAGGUGACUCUGACGAUCAAUACACCGCAGUGGGAUGUGCUGGUGCAGCACUUCAGCUUCGCCACCCACGGUGCCUUGACCUUGCUCGCGAUGAAAUGGGGAGUUUUCAUCCUCGACGAAGGGCACGAAAUCCAGACGCUCAACUGGACCUACAUCGCGGCACGGUUCCUGAUGGAGAUUUGUGCGAUGAGGAUCGUGCUGAUGGCGACUCCGAUUAUGAUGCACCCGACGGACCUGUGGAACAUGGGCCGUCUCUUGAAGCUUGUGGCCUUCGCAAUCGAGAACGAUGACAACACGUUGCUGAUGGAGCAAGAGAUUCGGGCAGCGGCACGAUGGGAUCGCAAAGUGCUGAAGGUGUCGGGGGAAGAUACCCACAUCCUCAACAUCGUCCAUGGCAAGGGGAAGGCGGCCGCGAUGAUCAACAACAGCGAAAAAUGGGAGAAGGUUGUCCAGUGGAUCGAGGUGAUCCGCCAUGGCUUCCAGGGCGCCGUCAUCUGCCGGACGCAGGCGUCGGUCGACAAUGAGGGGCAACCCAUUUCCGGGCUGCCCCCGUAUAUCCAUCUCCCUCUUGUCGUUGAUCUGCACCAGUACGAGCUGGACAACCUCGACGAUAUCGCGAAGCAGAUGAUCGAGGAUGGGGUGGUGGUGAAGCAGGCGAAGUACACGUUGGGGAAGUUGUUCUACCUCAACAUCCGCCGUGCGCUCACCCAUCCGGGGUGCAACCACGAGUUCGAGUACGAACUCCCCAAGACCUUGGAGGACUGGCGCAACAAGCCCUCCAAAAAGCUGGAGAUGUUGGUUGAGGUCCUGCAGCACCAUCUCGAGACCGACGGCGCUGCACCGCUGGCGGUCACUGGCCCUGGGCUUGAGAACCACCCCGACUACGUGGAGUUUCAUCCGGUCGCCGGGAGCCCCGACAAGAUUGUCGUAUACAUCAACUUCCCCAGCCACUUGCUGUUGAUUGGGGCGGUGUUGGACCUCUAUGGCAUCAAGUAUGUCAUGUACGAUGGUGACAUCACUCUCAUGCAGAGGCAAGUCAGCCUGAAGGAGUUCAAGGCAGCGGAUCGAGACAGACCGCGCGUCAUGAUCAUGUCGGGUGUUGGGCUGGCAGGCAUGAACAUCGUGUGCGCCAACCAUCUGAUUGUCGUGGAUACUCUGUGGUCGGCACAGGAGGACGAGCAGCUUAUCGGUAGGGUUCAUCGGCCCCCGCAGGCAAAGCCGGUCCUCGUCUACAGGAUUAUUGCGGUGAAGAUGCCAGACGUCUUCCUGAACAACAUCGCAUUCAACAAGGCGGUGAUGCACCAAGGCUUCAUCAGGGUGAGUACGGUGAUCAAAAAGGUCUUUGCUGUGGGCAGCGACGAUGACGCCGGGUCCGGAGAUGAUGACUCUGGGUCCGGAGACAAUGACUCCGAUGAGGACACCGAGGAUCCGUCGGAACCCGACGAGGAUGGCUCAUCGAAGGCACCCAAGCCGAAGCCCAAGGCACCCAAGCCGAAGCCCAAGGCACCCAAGCCGAAGCCCAAGGCACCCAAGCCGAAGCCCAAGGCACCCAAGCCGAAGCCCAAGGCACCCAAGCCGAAGCCCAAGGCACCCAAGCCGAAGCCCAAGGCACCCAAGCCGAAGCCCAAGGCACCCAAGCCGAAGCCCAAGGCACCCAAGCCGAAGCCCAAGGCACCCAAGCCGAAGCCCAAGGUGCAGCCGAAGCCCAGGGUGCAGCCGAAGCCCAGGGCGCCGCUGAAGACCAAGGUGCUGAAGACUAAGCCCAAGCCUCAGCAAAAGCAGGCGAACGUCCACAACUCUGACAUGGAGGUGCUGGAGGAUCUGCCCUAA